AUGCGCUCUGCUAUUGUUGGAGGACUGGUUGCCAUCGGCUCCGCUCUCGGAGUCGCUGGCUCGCCGCAUGCACACACUGUUGAAAAGGCUAAUGCAUAUGACUACAUCGUCGUCGGUGGAGGGCCUUCCGGCAUCAUUACCGCCGAGCGUCUGGCCGAGGCCAACAAGAAAGUCCUCCUGCUAGAGCGAGGGCGCGGUCCGACUGUGGCUACGGGUGCCAAUGACACGCUUGUUUGGAACAAGAACUUGACCCCAGUCGAUGUGCCAGGCUUGUCUGCCGACAUUGGUGCUCUACCUGAGUGGGAGGAGUAUGUCUGCACCGAUACUGCUGGGACUGCAGCCUGUGUUCUCGGUGGCGGUGUCACUGUGAACUACAUGGUCUUCGUGCACCCACCGGACCAUGACUUCGACGACAAGUGGCCCCAGGGUUGGAAAUGGAGCGAUGUCAAGUCUGCUGCCGAUAGGCUUUACGAGCGCAACCCAGGAACUAUCCUGCCCUCUGCCGAUGGCAAGCGCUACGAUCAAGGGCUCUAUACUGUGCUUUCCAACUUCUUCAGCAACAUCGGUUGGAAAGCCGUCAACAUGAUCUCGCAGCCCAACCAGAAACACCAGGUCUACAGCUACCCUUCCUGGAACCUUAAGGACCAGAAGCGUGCGGGCCCGGUCCGCACCUACCUUCCCCUUGCUGAGAAGCAUAACAACUUUGAACUUCAGCUUGGGUCCAAGGUGACUCGUGUACUCCGUUCCGGUAGCAAGGCCACUGGAGUCGAGGUCGAGAACGCCUCCGGUCGUCUGGAAAACAUCACACUGGCCGCCAACGGCAGAGUCGUCCUGUCUGCGGGCGCCCUUUCAACACCUCGCCUCUUGUUCAACUCGGGCAUCGGACCUCAGUCUCAGAUCGAGACCGCUCAAAAGAGCGGUGUCAUCGUCCCACCCAAGAACGAAUGGAUCAACCUCCCCGUCGGUGUAGGUCUCAAGGACCAUCCCAUCUUCACCAUCGUCGUCAAGACCAAAGGCACGUACGGCCCGCUUGACUGGACCGGGAUCUACAACGGCACUGAUACCGCCGACAUUAGUCUCUAUGCCAAGGGCGACGGUGUGCUGACCCAAGGAAAGCACCGGCUGAUCUUCUUCUCCUCCAAUGUGGUCGACGGUCAGACCCGGUACUACCAAGGAUCAUGCGCGCCCACUGGCGAGAACGAAGUCACCCUGACGACCUACAUGACCCACGGUCUCACUUCUUCCGGUAUCCUUGGACUGGAUACUGACGGUAACACCGUCUAUGAGCAGACCCCUUGGAUGAACACCGCGGGCGAUCGCGCUGCGGCCAAGCUGUUCAUCCAGGGUCUGGUCGCCGACCUGACUGCCCCCUCCACCGGCUUCCAACUGGAGGCCAACACCAACGUCUCUUCCAUCCUAGCCAACCCGACCACCGGUAUGCACUACACGACCACCGCGAAGAUGGGCACGGACGACGGCCGCCACGGGAACGGUACCUCCGUCGUUGAUACCAACACGAAGGUCUAUGGAAUGGACAACUUGUACAUUGUCGACGGCAGUAUUCACCCCGACCUUCCCACCGGCAACAUCCAGGCCACCAUUAUGGUCGUGGCCGAGGCUGCUGUGGCCAAGAUCCUGGCUCACCAUUGA